UUCCAGUCAAUAGCAGCCGUAACGCCACCACAAUGGCCGUCGGCGAUACCCCCUCAAGCCCUCAGCAAGCCGCCCCGCCGCAGCCCAUCGACAUCGAAGCAUGGACCGAGCAUGCGACUGUCGCCUUGAGCUCCGUGACUAUCUCCGCACCUGGAGAUGUCGUUCAGAGGCCCUCAGUCACGCUUGCGAUUCCUCUCGAUGAGCACGAUGCGCCUGCGCGUCCUGCGCUUGCGGCAGUUGCGAAAGAAGGCGGCUACUAUCGCCGCAGCGAUCUACUUCGUCGCGAUAGUAUGAAGCGGCGUGAGGCACUGCUGAAGGGCAAGGAGGGUACUAGGCGCAGGCAGAGGUGGGAGAAUGAUCGCCUCCUGAAUAACCCUUAUGCCGAACCUCCUCUUCCCAAGGACUGGGAAGUCCAUCCCACCCACCGCGUUACCAACGUCCCAUACUACCUCGCCCCGCUCUGGGACGCAGGUCUGAAAAGGCAAUCCAAUGAGCGCAAGACCGCCGCCGUUGCUCAGAAGAGCGCUACCAAAACCGUAGCCAACAAGCCCACGACACCCGGCGUCGUGCCGAAAGAGCUUCGCGAGAAACUCAAACGCUCGCGCGGCGCGAAGGGGCUGUUAAUGGAUCUUGAGGGCGAGGUGAGGAAGUUUGUUGUGGGCUGGGAGGAGAAAGAACGGAGGGCGGUGCAAGAUGGCUUGCCUGCUGAUCCGGAUAGCGAGGAUGAUGAGAUUGUGUUUGUGGGGCGAAAUGGUCAGAUGAACGAUAUGCAGGCUUCCAAGGACGGCGAUCAGAUCAAGCGUGAGCUUAUGCUCUUCGAAUCGCCAGAAGAAGACCUGGGAGGUAGCUUUGGCCGCUGGCUUGUGCACCACAUUGGCGUAUACUAUGGGCUGAACACCUGGUCGGUUACGACUGGCAACCCGGCGAGGCGCGAAGCGUACAUUGGGCUCAAAGGUGCGAAGCUCAGGACUGGUAAUCAGGGCGAACAGAUUUGCAGGCCUUUGCCUCGACCGCUAUAUGGCCUCGUCUGAUCGAUUCGCUGCGCUUCAUGGGCCGAAUCGGCGCUGGUCACUGGAUAACCUUUGUCUGAUCUAUAUCUAGUCUCCCUUCUCAGACUUUCGCUAUAUGUACGCAUCUCGUGUACAUAUCCGCAUCAAUUUCUCUUGCCUUUCACCUUUGUUUGUCAUUCUAUAUGCAUAUACAUUGGCAUGGGUAUCUAGAACUAGAUGGACAUAUCUGUAUACAACCACUUUCCCUUUCUUCCGGGAACAUGGAUGCUCUGCAUGGUGAUUCGCGA